AUGUCCACGCCGCGCAGUAACAGAGCACAAGGGCUGACCAAUAUGCUCGCGAGCGAAGUGCCGCCCCCCGUGCAAGUUCUCUCCGUCGGUUCGGGCGGGAUAUCGCUCGCGGACGGGCUCGUCCUGCGCGGGCCCGCCGUCUUCCUCGAGGGGCGCGUCUGGCUUUGGGACGUUCCAGUCUCGAAGAGUCGCACGGGGGAAGCUAGCUGGGAAGGCUGGGACCAGGACUGUUUUAAGCUGUUUGAGGUCGUCGUUCCCAGACCGGAGAUAUUGAUUGUUGGGACGGGGGAGAAGAUGUCACUGUUCCCGCCUGUUUUGAGGAAGUAUUUGAAUGGGCUGGGGAUACAAGUGGAUGCUAUGGACACGCGUAAUGCAUGCUCGACAUAUAACCUGCUCGCUGAGGAAGGCCGACAUGUGGCCGCAGCUGUCCUACCACCUAACCCAGCUGCAUGGCGUCGGUCACAAUGA